GUGGAGCUAGUCAUAGAUCUACAUUUUCAUUAUACAAAAACAUGCUGUUGCUUGAAAAAUAUAUCAAACGGAGAAGAUCGUAUACAAAUGUUACAAACUUUUCUGCUAAAAAAGUUCCACUUGAUAUAUCGCAUACGCCUGAUAGACAUAAUGGAAUAAAAAUACAAGCACAUCAGAUCUUUUCUCAGACACGUGUAGAAAGUCCUGCCACAAAUAUGCUUUUUCCUCAUUUUUACUCUUCAACUUCUAAUAUUGUCCCUCAAAGAACAAAGAUGAUAUCAAACACAAAUUUUUCUUGCACAGCACAAAAUAAAGAGAGCGGUGCAUUUGGACACAGCCAAUAACAGCACCGUGUAAUUAGAGACAUUUGUAGGGUCCCUUGGAACAGCGACUUGUGAUUGGACUGUGUCCAAUUGCCCCGUGUCCAACUGAUAUACACCCCAAAAUAAACAGAGCAAUAACAUUCAAACUCAAGAAAAUAUGGCACAUUGUAGUCUUAUCAGAGAUAGUAACUUUGAAAAUGAACAGAAUUCUAUACAUCACAUUGGCUUGCCGUAAGAUAUUAAUAAUCCUGAUUCAAAUUCUGAUAUAUUGUCAUCUGAAAAAGGAGGUUUUUCAAAUAAAAGUGAACUGUCUAAUUCCUCAAUAAAAGACUCAACAUCACGUACACUGUAGACAGACUCGCAUAGACAAACAGCAAGACGUAUCUCAAAUAAAAUUAACAGGAAAAGCAGCACACACUUAGAGUCUUCGCUCACUGCUUUGAGUGAUACUCUUCAAAAUCGUUUUGGAAACCAAUCAACCUCUGAACAGAAUAUUUGGAAUAACAAUUUAACAGCAGAUACAAC